AUGGCUAAACUGAGUUUAAUGAGAACCAUUUCUUUAGCCUCAGCUUUCAGGAUCUUCCACUCUCCACUGUUAAUGGGUACCAUUCAUUCUCCAACCCUAUUAUUUACUUGUUCUUUCCAUUCUUCUUCUAGUUCUAGAUCUGCUUCAAAACGCACACACAAAGAUGCAAGCUUGAAAUCUAAAUUCUAUUCUGCUUCCUUUAGGGACCUUGAUGAUGCCCUAGCUUCCUUUAAUCACAUCAUUCUUUUUCAUCCUCUGCCUUCUAUUGAUAAAUUUGGUCGAUUUUUAUCUGCUCUUGUCAGAAUAAAACAAUACCACACGGUGGUUUCAUUGUUCAGAAAAAUUGAGUUGUUACGAAUCUCACACAAUGUUUAUUCUCUUAACAUCUUGAUUAAUUGCUACUGCCGCUUACACCAUGUUGAUUUUGCCUUCUCAAUUUUGGGGAAAUUUCUCAAACUUGGAGUGAAGCCUGACAUUGUCACAUUUAAUACCUUAAUUGAUGGGCUCUGUAAAGAGGGUAAAAUCAAUAGAGCAGUAGACUUUUUCAAUCAUGUGGUUGCUAGAGGUUAUGAACCUGUUGUAAACACCUACAAUGUGAUAGUAAACGGUCUAUGCAAAUUGAAUCAAGCUUUGGAUUUACUGAAUGAAAAGGCGGUGCAUAACAUAUCACCAGAUGUUUAUACCUUCAAUAUAUUGAUUGACAAUCUUUUUAAGGAAGGAAUGGUUUCAAAGCCUGAUGUGGUGACUUACAAUUCAUUGAUGGACGGAUAUUGUCUGCAUAGCCAAAUGGAUGAGGCUAGAAAAGUAUUUGAUACGAUGGGCAAAGGGAUUGAUGAGGCAAUGGAAAUUUUAGUCAAACGCCUCAAAAAGGGAGAAGUUGAUGAUGCACUUAUCAUAUUCAAAGCGAUGGAAAAGAGUCAAUUAAAACCUAAUUGUGUGACAUAUACAAUUUUGAUCAAUGGUUUGCUCAAAGCUGGGAAGCUUAAUGAUGCCAAAGAGCUUUUUUCUAGGCUUUUUGAGAAAGGGUACCCAUUAUUAGGCAAUCCUUCACUUUGA